AUGACUUCAAAAAGAGCGUUUGAAAGCACUUUCAAAACCGAAAGCAUUUCAUUGCUUGUCUACCUCUCGAGACCAGGUCUUCAGUUUUUCAUACAUUAUCCGCAAACGGAGACAACGAUAAUGCCGUACAAUUCGUGGCCAAUGACCGGAUUCUCUGAUGUGAUCCCUUCGCCGAUCAAAAACGAUUCAAUCAAUACUCUUAACAUUGAAGAGAAACUUAAAGUGGACCGAAAAAAGUUUGAAGCUCUUCUCGAUGGCAACGAUCCUAACGUCGGAACUGCGGACAAAUUCUUUGGCGACAUUAUGGCAGAGUUCAAGCCGGUUGUGAUAACGUGGCCGCCGAGGCUGAAGGCUGGCACCAAAUCGAAGAAAGACCCACACGUGAAGAUAUCGGGCAUUCCUCUAGUUGUGAAGGCGGCGAGGAUUCGCAUUCUUCACACUUUGGAUCCAACGCGAGACAGAGUGACACUGAAGAUGGACGUGGACUGGACGGCACACUCGCAUGUGAUCGGCAAAGCGGGCGCUUCUAUACAGAAGGUGAUGGACUUAACCGGAUGUCACGUUCACUUCCCGGACGCGAACCGAACUAAUUCUAACGAAAAGUCAAACCAAGUUUCGAUCGCUGGAACAGCUCUGGGCGUCAGUAGAGCCCGCAUUGCGAUCAGAGACCUGUUGCCGGUAAUCAUUUCAUUCAAUCUGAUACUCGGUAUUGGCAGUCGUGCGGCACUCAUGGAUAAACUGAAUCGCGUCAUACAAUUUGUUGAACGAGUGACCGAUAUUCAGAUUUCCCUUCGUUUCAACGAUUCCACAAAUUCAACAUUGGAUUCAACAUUCGUUACAAUUAUUAUUAGAGGAUUAUAUGGGAAAUGCAAUUAUCUAAUAGAGGGAAUCAAAUUAUUUCUGGAAUAUAUGAACGAUUAUAUGAUGAAAGAGGACAUGAUUUAUCAGAUGAAUACCGAUAUAUCGGUCCAACACCACAACUUUGUUAUGGGUUUUGAAAAGACUAAUAUAAAAGACAUUACGAAACAGACCGGAGCUGUCAUUACAUUCCCCGAACCGACACACGAAUGCGAUUCCACAGAAGAACUUUCCUCUAACCCUACAAUCGGAAGACGUACGCGAAAGACAACUAUUAAUAUAAAGGCGUCGUCUGUUGAGUCACUUCUGAUGGCUUUUGAGUUGAUUCAACUGCAUCUUCCGCUCUCUCUUACGUUUGAUCUGAAAGAAGGACAAGAAAUCAGAUUAUCUUCAAUCGAGACACUGGCGAAGAAAUGGGAGGUAAAUGUUUCAGUAAAACCCAAACCCAAGCAAAACACUAAAACAAUUUGGAUAAAAGCGGCCGAAAAGGAUGAGUGGAAGCUCUUUGAUGUUCGCCGUCAUAUCGUCGAACACCAAGAGAUCAAUACAAACGCGUUGAACACAGCGAUGUCCAGCAUUUGGUUGCCUAAUGAAAGUGAUGUCUCAAACCUAAGCCUAAGCACUACCAAUGAAAGUGAUAUUAGUUUCGGGUCAUCGACAGGAAAGAGCAGUCCAUUCAAUAGAGCGCCCGGAGCUGAAAGAUUCAGAAAUUUAUAAAUAAUGCUCUUUGUUUUAACCUUAAUUAGAUUUUAUUUAAAGUUAGAUUACAGCGACUAAUCCUCAAACUAUUGCCACUAAAACUGAGGCUAAAGUUAUUAAUCAAUUCAUAUUUUAG